CCGGAAGUGGCUGCGGCCGGCGGCAGCGGGCGGCAGCGGUGGCGCUACCGGCUCCAGAGCUGCCUCGCGCGGCCGGGCGGGCGGCGCCGGUCAGGCUCGGGCUCGGGCUGGGCCCGGCGCGGCCUCGGGGCUGCCCAUGGGGCGCGGGGGGCCGGGCCGGUGACGCCGGACGCCCAUGGACGCCUCUCAGGAGCCGCUGCCGCCGGUGAUCUACACCAUGGAGAACAAGCCCAUCGUCACCUGUGCUGGAGAUCAGAAUUUAUUUACCUCUGUUUAUCCAACGCUCUCUCAGCAGCUUCCAAGAGAACCGAUGGAAUGGAGACGGUCCUAUGGCCGGGCUCCCAAGAUGAUUCACCUAGAGUCUAACUUUGUUCAGUUCAAAGAGGAGCUGCUGCCCAAAGAAGGAAACAAAGCUCUGCUCACGUUUCCUUUUCUCCAUAUUUACUGGACAGAGUGCUGUGUAAGUAUCAGGGAGGGGAGGAAGCGCGGUGGGAUGGCGCAGUCCUGUUCCUGUGUCUCCAGUCUUCUCAGAAAAAAGGAGGGAAGAAGAAGGAAGGAAAUGGAUGCUCAGGACAGUAGCAGCUGCGGAACAGUGGCACUGUGCAUGGAGAGUCUUUCCCAGAUAGUCUGUUCAUGUCUUUGCAGGUGUGUGGUGCUCUCCGACCCCUUGAAGGACUCUUCUCGAACUCAGGAAUCCUGGAAUGCCUUCCUGACCAAACUCAGGACACUGCUUCUUAUGUCUUUUACCAAAAACCUAGGCAAAUUUGAGGAUGACAUGAGAACCUUGAGGGAGAAGAGGACUGAGCCAGGCUGGAGCUUUUGUGAAUAUUUCAUGGUUCAGGAGGAGCUUGCCUUUGUUUUCGAGAUGCUGCAGCAGUUUGAGGACGCCCUGGUGCAGUACGACGAGCUGGACGCCCUCUUCUCUCAGUAUGUGGUCAACUUUGGGGCCGGGGAUGGUGCCAACUGGCUGACUUUUUUCUGCCAGCCAGUGAAGAGCUGGAACGGAUUGAUCCUCCGAAAGCCCAUAGAUAUGGAGAAGCGGGAAUCGAUCCAGAGGCGAGAAGCCACCCUGUUAGAUCUGCGCAGUUACCUGUUCUCUCGCCAGUGCACCCUGCUGCUCUUCCUGCAGAGGCCGUGGGAGGUGGCCCAGCGCGCCCUAGAGCUGCUGCACAACUGUGUGCAGGAACUGAAGCUCUUAGAAGUCUCCGUCCCGCCUGGUGCUCUGGACUGCUGGGUGUUUCUGAGCUGUCUGGAGGUGUUGCAGAGGAUAGAAGGCUGCUGUGACCGGGCACAGAUCGACUCAAACAUUGCCCACACAGUGGGGCUGUGGAGCUAUGCCACAGAAAAGUUAAAGUCCUUGGGCUAUCUGUGUGGACUUGUGUCAGAGAAAGGACCAAACUCAGAGGAUCUCAACAGGACGGUGGACCUUUUGGCAGGUUUGGGAGCUGAGCGGCCAGAAACAGCCAACACAGCUCAGAGUCCUUAUAAGAAACUGAAAGAGGCAUUAUCAUCAGUGGAAGCUUUUGAAAAACACUACUUAGAUUUGUCUCAUGCUACCAUUGAAAUGUAUACAAGCAUUGGGAGGAUUCGAUCUGCCAAGUUUGUUGGAAAAGAUCUGGCAGAGUUUUACAUGAGGAAAAAGGCUCCACAAAAGGCAGAAAUCUAUCUUCAAGGAGCAUUGAAAAAUUACCUGGCUGAGGGCUGGGCACUCCCCAUCACACACACAAGGAAGCAACUGGCGGAAUGUCAAAAGCACCUUGGACAAAUUGAAAACUACCUGCAGACCAGCAGCCUUUUAGCCAGUGACUGCCACCUCACCGAAGAGGAGCGCAAGCACUUCUGCCAGGAGAUACUUGACUUUGCCAGCCAGCCAUCAGACAGCCCAGGUCAUAAAAUAGUGCUACCCAUGCAUUCCUUUGCACAACUGCGAGACCUCCAUUUUGAUCCCUCCAAUGCUGUGGUCCACGUGGGCGGCGUUUUGUCCAUCGAGAUAACCAUGUACAGCCAGAUGCCUGUGCCUGUUCACGUGGAGCAGAUUGUGGUCAAUGUCCACUUCAUUUUCUCUGACAUAGCAUAUCCUGCCAAGGAACCCGGAACGUAUACACUCAGGCAGCUGUGCGCCUCGGUGGGCUCUGUGUGGUUCGUCCUUCCUCACAUCUACCCCAUUGUGCAGUACGACGUGUACUCACAGGAGCCCCAGCUACACGUGGAGCCGCUGGCUGAUAGUCUUCUGGCAGGCAUUCCUCAGAAGGUCAAGUUCACCGUCACUACUGGCCAUUAUACGAUAAAGAAUGGAGACAGCCUGCAGCUCAGCAAUGCAGAAGCCAUGCUAUUUCUGUGCCCGGUGGAGAGCAGGGCCGUGGUCUACUCUAACACAAGAGAACAGUCUUCUGACGCCGCGCUCCGGAUUCAGUCCUCCGACAAGGUCACAAGCAUCAGUCUGCCUACCGCGCCUGCGUACCAUGUGAUUGAAUUUGAACUGGAAGUUCUCUCUUUACCUUCAGCCCCAGCACUCGGAGGGGAGAGUGACAUGCUGGGGACGCCAGAGCCCCAUAGGAAGCAUAAGGACAAACAGAAAACUGGCCACUGCAUGGUUACCACAGACCACAAAGUGUCGAUUGACUGCCCGUGGUCCAUCUACUCCACGGUCAUCGCACUGACCUUCAGUGUACCCUUCAGGACCACGCACGCCCUGCUGUCCUCAGGAACACGGAAAUAUGUUCAAGUUUGUGUCGAGAAUUUGUCAGAACUUGACUUCCAGCUGUCAGAUAGUUACCUUGUGGAUACCCGCAAUAGUACCGACCUACAGCUAGUACCCCUGAACACGCAGUCCCAGCAGCACAUCCACAGCCAGCAGUCGCUGUUCUUUGUCUGGGAGCUGACGUGGACAGAAGAGCCUCCUCCUCCUCUGCAUUGCCGCUUCUCUGUUGGAUUCUCCCCAGCUUCUGAGGAACAGCUGUCUGUCUCCUUAAAGCCGUAUACUUACGAAUUUCAAGUGGAAAAUUUUUUCACAUUAUACAAUGUGAAGGCUGAGAUCUCUCCCCCUUCGGGAAUGGAGUACUGCAGAACAGGCUCCCUCUGCUCCCUGGAGGUGCUGAUCACAAGGCUCUCAGACCUCUUGGAGGUGGAUAAGGAUGAAGCACUGACCGAAUCUGAUGAACAUUUUUCGACAAAGCUUAUGUAUGAAGUUGUUGACAACAGUAGCAACUGGGCAGUGUGUGGGAAAAGCUGCGGUGUCAUCUCCAUGCCAGUGGCUGCUCAGGCCACUCACAGGGUCCACAUGGAAGUGAUGCCUCUCUUCGCGGGGUAUCUCCCCCUGCCUGACGUCAAGCUGUUCAAGUACCUUCCCCAUCAUUCUGCGCACUCCUCCCAACUGGACGCUGACAGCUGGAUAGAAAAUGACAGCCUGUCAGUAGACAAGCAUGGGGACGAGCCGCCGGACAGCAGCAGCCUCAAGAGCAGGGGCAGCAUGCAGUCGGUCUGCAGCGGUGAGCACAAAGGCCUGCCCAUGCCUCGGCUGCAGGCGCUGCCAGCCGGCCAGGUCUUCAACUCCAGCUCAGGCACACAAGUCCUGGUCAUCCCCAGCCAAGACGACCACGUCCUGGAAGUCAGUGUAACAUGACAGCGGUAGGGUGAACACACGCCACGGCCCAGCUGGGAGUGCACUUUAUGAGACUGUGACUGGACUCUUCUCCAUUCUGGCUCCAAUAAGACCUUCCGUGGUACUGCCUGGCUGUGGGGAUAUCAGAGAGCGUCAGCGUGCAGCUGGCCAGCUGAGUUCUGUUGUUGUUUUCAUGCUGCCCGUGAUCUCAGAUUUCCUGCUUUUCUCACCCGGUCCUCUGGCUGGUGUCCCGCGCCGCUAGCUCAGAGUCCCGGCCUCCCUCCCCCUACCUCACACUGCUCGUGAAAGCUUCCACCCACACCGUCUCCACAGAGCAGCCUCUACCUGCUGGCUCUUCAGGGAAGGCCAUUUGUCUUUCAGGCAGACACUCAGCAGGCCUCGCAGUCUAGUGACACGUGUGUGCCUUUCUGGUCACACAGCUGCCCAGUUUCCUGAGCGGGGUGGAUUUGUGUCUCCUAAGGGGUAAAACAACUGUUUACCACAGAUCCUGUCGUGCUUUUCUACAGUAACCCCAUUCUAGGGGAGGUGGGCGGGGGGAGGGAUGGAUCAUAACCCCUUCUGUGCCUUGGGGUGCCGGAGCUGGGGGACCGGGAGGCCCAACAGCUGGAGCCACAUGAAGGUACUGAGGAGAGCUGAGACCCAGCUGUGAGGAGGGCCUCACUGGUGAGGCUUAUUAGGGAUAAAUGUUUUUGGAACCCUGUGGUCCCCCAUGAUGUUGAUGGAAUAUCAUAUGCACUGGGAAUUAAAUAUGUAUUUAAUUUAAUUAUCAUUAUAUAUGUGGGGGUUAACAUAUUGUUUUUCUGUCCCCUUUAAAGUCUUUACAUGUAAUUGUAGCUGUAUAAUCAUUAUUUUUCUUCUGCACCUUAAGUCUUAGAAAUUAAAAUGUUCCAUCGUGAGGAUGAGAGAGGUCCUCAGUGUAUUUUUAGUCCAGUUGUGGGGAAGGACUCAAGUCCUGGAAUGUCCUCUGCUGGUCUACUGAGUUGCAGUCACACUGUUCCAAUGGAUUAUUUGUUUUUGGUUGUAAAUUUAAUUGUACAUAUGGUUGAUUUAUUAUUUUUAAAAGUACAGACUAACUGAUGUAAUGUUUAUAAGUUGCACCAAAAAUCAAGGACAAAAAGAAGUGUGUUUGUUUUUACAGGUGUGAAAGUCACAGCUUGUAAAUAAGUAUUGUAUGUAUUAAACCUUUUCCAGCUCUCCAAAGCGAUGUAUUUUUGUACAUAUGAAAUAGAGUACUCUUAAUUUACUGGGCAAAUGUGCUUGGAAUUGAACUUGACAGGAUUAGUGCAAGCAGAUGGAGUGGGGUCCAGUAGCAGGUGGCCCUCGUGUGAAUCCUCGUGUGAAUCCCCGUGGAUGUGCGAGUGGUGGAGAGGGGCACCGGGUUCCUGCCCAGCACUGUGCUCGCUCGCGGGAGGGGUGGGGCGUGGGAGGAAGGAGACACAGGCCGGGGAACCGUGACACAGCAUCAUUUCCAGUAUUCUCUGUGUCUUCUUAGCUCGUUCAGUAAAUAAAUGUGGUAUGAUUUUUUUUUUCCUUCCACGUCUUUUUCAUUUGUAGAAAUUGGAGACGUGUAAAGAAGAUAAAUAAUUGUGUAUUUAAUUAAACUUUCCAGAAAUUUAUCUUCCUCAUGUGCAGUUUAAAACUAACAAACUUGGUCAAACUAGUUAGCAAAUUAGAACUUCAGAAUCUAACGAUAGUUUAGGGUUUCUAAAAUAAGGUUUCUUAUCAUAAAAAUUGACAAUUGCCCUGCAUUUCUACCAAGUCCUGUGAAUAAAGAGAUCUGAGAUUUGAUUCUAUCCUAUCCAGGUAAUUCACGUGGUCAGCCUGGGAGCCUUCCCCAGUGUUCAAUGUAGCUUUCUCUCUUACUUUCCGGAAGAGGGGGUGUGCUUAAAUGUUUCAUUUAUUACUCUUUGAUUUUUUUGUAACUGGUUCUACUCCCAGGUUGAAAUUAUCCAAUUACCUAUAUAUUUAGAAGAAGAAAGUGAAGGGGAAAUUCAAAAUGUUUAUGGCGCUGUCUUCUUGCCUGAAAACAGAAUGAAAUAAAAUAUAUCACAGUUUUUUCCCCUUAAUUACCCAAAAGAUCUUUUGCAAACUGUGUUACGAGUGCUCUUGCCUCUUUAAGCCAAAAGAAAAAUGUCACCCAAAACUGUCAUUUUUUUCUUAAUGCUCAUCAUAAAAGUACUAAAAGAGUAACUGUAACUGGAUUUUUAUUGUGUUUUAUGUAAAGUAAGGUCUGUGUUUGAGACAGGCUGGUUUUGUUGAUAAAGGUUUAAGAGAUGUUAAAUAAUUGUGAAGCCAGAUAUACAAUGUGUGUGUUUCAAAAAGCAAAGAAUUUGAAGCCGUUUUACAAAUACCUGUGGAACAUGUAAAUACUGUCAAAUGGAAAAUAAAGUAAGUUAUAAUUUUUGUGAAUUUCAUGGGAUGUCCUAUGACUGGAAAGAUUAUAACUCUUCUGAUUCUAAUGUGUAAAUUGUAUUUAAUCUGAAAAUGACUUUACCUACAACAGUUCUGCUGUCAGCACAGCAUAGGAGGGUCAGAUUCGAUAUUACUUUUAGUGGAGAGGCCAGAUAUCGCAUCUGGAAUUAGCAGAGAAAAUGCACACAGGCUUCUAUUCAGUUUUUCUUUAGUGCUUAAAAUAAGAUGAAAUCGAACACUCCGGGUUUGUAUGUAAAAGGAAAAGCUGUACUAUUUAUAAAAGGGCAGACUGGGCUGAUCUAAAUAUUUCCCUUUCAACUUUGUUCUUUAAAAUAAAUCCUACCUGGUUUUUAAAUUUUAUUUUUCAUGAAAAUGCUCCUUUCUCUACAUUUAUUCAUCCUAUACAUCAGGCUGUAAGAACCACAGCCAUCAUUAAUCCAAUGUGUUGGGAUUCUGUGACUGGAAAAGGUGACAAGUUGGUGACUUUGACACUGCAGGUAUUAAUUACAUUUUCAUGGUUUACUAUGAAAAGUCAUUUUUCAUAUUAUGUAAUAUAUUGUUAGAUUAAAACCAUUGUAUUAAGACUGUUUAAAAUGUAAGCACUGUAAUUCUGAAAAUAUACAUUUUAAGAAGAAA